AUGCAUUCGGAGGACAAACCUUUUGCCUGUGAGAUGUGCGGUAAAGGAUGUCUCACGAAACGCCACCUCGACGCUCAUGUACUUAUCCACGAACAGAGACAGCAGCUCCACUGUCAGCUGUGCGACCGUCGAUUCGCAACGAACCACAAUUUUAGGAAUCAUAUGAAACUGCAUACCGGUCAGAAGGAUUUCUUCUGCGACAUAUGCAACGCCGGCUUCCCGAUCAAGGCCCGACUGACCCAGCAUAAGAGAUUGCACCACUCCGGCGAGCAAUACGUGUGCGACAUCUGUGGUAAGGCUUUCAAGGCUCGCCACAUCCUCAACGAUCACAAAGCUCUUCGGCACUCGACCGAGAAAUCGUGGGUCUGCGAAGUUUGUGGCGCCGGUUUCAAACUGAAGAGCGUACUCGUCAGACAUCUGAAGACGCACAGCGACGAGCGGCCGUACCGCUGCGAUAUUUGCGAUAAAGCGUUCAAGGAUCGCUCGACGUUGGGGGUACACCGCAAGACGCACUCGACCGAUCGACCUUACCUCUGCGAGCAGUGUGGGAUGUCGUUUAAGAGAAACGCCGAACGCAAAAAGCACAAUUGUAUCGGUCGUAUGGUUCAUAUUCCGGAAGACAGUUCUCAGUCACAUCACAGCCAAAUACCGCCACUACCAUUAGCUUCGAAUCCGCCGCCACAGGUUCUCGCCCAACCCCAGCCCACACAUCAUAUAAUCAUGGGGCAGAGGCCAAUACAGUUGACGAAUAUCAUGCAGCAUCCGGUGACGUUGAUGUCGCCCGCCACCCCGAGCACUUCGUUACAAGCGCAGAUCAUGCAGUUCCUGGAUGAGAACCUUCAUGCGGCCGGAUCACAACAUCCUCAGCCGCCGAAUUUUCCGGGCCACGAGAGGAUGGACGACCCGAAACAUGACGCAUCGAGCGAGACAUCUCAGUUCCAACCUCUAAGCAACAUGUUUAACACCAUCGUUCUCCCACCGACCAACUUCGAGUCCGUCUACGAUCAGCGUGACAACGAUGAAGUACUCAGCGAUAUCCGUCAAGUAAAAUCGGAGCUCGAAAACAGCGUUCUCCAAAGUUCCCUAGGGAGCACGGAAACUUUCGAGAGCAACCCCCAAAAAGGCGUUGUGAUUUUGUUGCCAGAAGCCGAAGAUGCGGGAGCGGGGAAAAUUUCGCAGGACUUAGCUUCCGGUCCUCAAAUCCUGAUUCAACCGUCAGGUGUUGCCGAUGAGGUGCAACCUGUUGUUGAGAGCGCCGUCGAUUCCGUUGUGAGGAGCGAACGGCUCGGAGAUCGGAUUGUCACGAUCAACGUGAGAGAUAGGAACCCCGGAGAGGCCGACAUGGAGAUCUUGCCGGAAGAGGAUCUUCUUGACGAGUUUUGUAGGAAGCACCUGACACCCGCAAGACGUUUAGCUCAACUCGCCCCACAAGCUGAACCCUUGAAAGAAAUCGUUACGUGCCCGAUAUUAGACAUUCAGCUCGAAGAAUCCAUUAAGCACAACUCUAGAUCCACCAGCGAAGCACAGAAACAAAUCGCGAAAACCGUGUUGAGCACCGAUGGAGCUUUGAGGAGUCUGCAGGUCGAGCUGCGGAAACUCUCCGUUCCGGUCCUCGACUUGGUCAUGACACUCAAGCAGCAGGAGAAGAACGUUGACUGGGAGCCGAAGGUUGGCGAUAUUUUGUGCCAGCUGGUGUUAUUAAAUGAAAGAAUCGUUUCCAUGAGAAGGGAUCGAAUACUGGAGAAUCUCAAGAAAAACUGCGACCUGACCCAGAACCUCGAUAUGCCGAGCGGCGAGGGAGAUCUUUUUGGGAGCGAUUUCAUCAACGAAAAAACACUCAUCAAACCGAAGAAAACGAAACGUCAGGGUACAGAAGCCGCACCGAGAGUCCUGAAGCAGAAACGCACUCGGAAAGAGCCCAUCUACGGCGAGAUAAAGGAUAGUGAUGUGACCGUCACAGAAGUUGAAGUCGAUCCCUCCAAGAAUCCAGAGGUUCUGGAUGCCCGCCAAGACGAGAACAACGUCGGAGAUCUCUGGAACAUUGAGGUGGAGAAGUCUCAGCGUCUCAAGCGGACGACGCGACGUCCAAAGCCCGUGGCCGACAUCGAUAAAGAACCGGCCAAGGAAAAGACCGCGCGGCUCAAACUGCUCCGCAAGGAGAAACGGGAGAAAGAGAAAGCCGAGCGAGAAGCCGAAGAGGCUCAGAUCGUCGCAGACAUGAGCUCCGGUCGGAAGACGAGACAGUCAUCGAAGAUCGACUUCACGGACAAGACCGCCGUGUCGCGAAUAACCCCCGAGCUGCCCGAGGAUAUCGAAGAGAACUUCGACGACGACCGGGAUGCGGAUUAUCGGGCAGAGCUCGACGUUGAAGACGACGAAGAAGAAGAAGACGAAGAGGAGGCUGAAGUUGCCCUCGAAGGAACCAAAGGAAGUUCUGCGAAAUAUCCCGUCCAGGGCCGUCGAAACGAUGGAAACAAGGAGUCCGAAAACAGCUGCGAGCACUGCAAGUACAUCGCGGACAAGCGGAGGAAACUCAUACACCACGUGAAAAUUUACCACCCGGACAAGCUGAUACCCUGCGACUUGUGCGACCGGAAAUUCGCGUUUCAGGUCUCGCUCUGGAAUCACAAGAACGCGAUGCAUCUCGGCGCUGAGUUCAAGUGUCCUCAGUGCACGAGGUCUUUCAAAGAUGCGGAGAAGCUCCGAACCCACAUGUUCGUCCAUUCGAGCCUGAAGCCCUUUGUAUGCGAUUUCUGCGGCAAGGGUUGUCUGACCAAAGUUCACCUCGAUUCCCAUGUGAAGGUCCACGAGCGUCGGGUGAAGUUGUAUUGCCAGACCUGCGACCGGUAUUUCGGUUCGAAUCACACGUUCAGAAACCACAUGAAACUCCAUUCGGGCGAAAAAGAAUGGUUCUGCGACAUUUGCAACGCGGGUUUCCCCAUCAAACCGCGCCUGGUGCUCCAUAAGAAAAUCGCUCAUUCCGACGAGCAGUACAUGUGCGAUGAAUGCGGGAAGGGUUUCAAGAUGAAACACAUUCUCAACGAUCAUAAAGCACUUCUGCAUUCCUCGAAGAAAUCUUUCGUUUGCGAAAUCUGCGGAGUCGGCUUCAAGCUGAGAAGUGUGCUGAAGCGCCACAUGAAGACACAUAGUGACGAGCGGCCUCACAAAUGCGAUCUCUGCGACAAAGCGUUCAAAGUGAAGUCAACGCUUGUAGAACACCGAAAGACCCACACAAAUGAGAAGCCAUACCUCUGUGACCAGUGCGGUAUGGCAUUCAAAAGGAACGCCGAACGGCGUAAACACAAUUGCGUGAAUAAAUCCGAUCAAGACCUCUCGGCCACCGAUCAAGUGGCGGGGGUCGCGGACAUGUCCAACGCGGCAGGUGUCGAGCAGCAGGUUGAGCAGUCUCAGCAGCUGCCGGGCCAACAGAUACAGAUGUCUCUCACGUCACACAUGCAACAACAGCUGCAGACCCCACCGACGCCUCAGCCGCAACCUCAGUCGAUGGCCGUUCAUGCACAGCCCAUAGCGGUCACCACAGGACAUAUCGUUACUCAUAUGCCAAUACAGAUCGCUCCUCAAAUGAUUCAACUGAUGCCUCAUUCUGCAACGCUCGUCACGACGGGGCCACAGCUGAUGCAGGUGCACGACGAGCAGCUGCAAGCGGUGGCCACGGCGCAGUUCACAAACUUCUCAGUGGGCUGA